AUGGAACAGCAAGGCAGUGAUACAGUGGUGAGCGUGGCCGGAAUUGCCGGCUUGAGAUACACUGGAAAGCCUCAGUUGAUGAAAACAACGGCUGUGAUCUAUGCACCCAAGGGUGUGCGUUUGAACACGGUUGUUCCUGGGCUCAUGAAAACACCGUACACAACCUGUUUGAUAUGCGGCGGAUGGUCGAGCGGAAAGAUACAUCAUAUGGAGAUGCGCCAUGCGCAAGUUCCGAUGAGGAAAACAGGCGACGCAUGGGAUGUUACUCAUGCUACGCUUUUCCUGGUUAGUGGCGAGGCGCAGUAUAUCACUGGCCAGGAACUCAUUGUGGAUGGUGGCAUAACAUCUGCGACGGGGAGGACAUGA